GGGGAAAGCCGAGCCUGGAAAUCACCAGCUUUGCGAUCCCACAGGCACCGAAACUUUUCAUCCCCAACCAUCCCGGGCGCUCAUUUCCUCAUCUGUAAAAUGGGUGACAGCAAUCUUCACCGUUUAGAAUUCUGGUAGGGAUCAGAGAUUGUGGGGCUGCACAGAUGAAAGCGAGGAAGGCAGAAUGGCGCUCCAGGGCUCCAGGGGAGAGGCUGUCGUGUUUUCCCGCAUCUGUCUCCACAAAACCCGACAUCCACUGGAGUUCCCUUCCCGGAAACCCAACGGGACGGUCUGGAGGAAGCGCACCUCUACGUCACAGCAGCCGCCACACCCGCGCUGCAAGAGAGCCCGUAAGGGGCCGCCCUGUGCCCGCGAGGAGCCCUGGGGGAUAGAGGAGAGAAACACCCUCCCCACGAUCCCAAGGGGUUAGGGGUACUUAGGACCAGCCAGCGGGGAACCGAGGAGCCAAGCUCUAACGGGCGGGACUAAGAGGGGCGAGGAGCGUGUGGGCGUUGCCAUCCGAUGGGGGCGGGGCGACGUUCUAGGCCGGGGGGCCCCCUGGAAGGGACAGAGGGAGUUCCCAAGGGGCGUGGUUUAUGGGAGGGGGGAGGUUCUCCAAAGGGGGCGUGGUUAGCGCCGAGAACGGCUCUAAGGGGGUGGAGCCGGGACGAGAGGGCGGGUGAGAGCCUAGGAGGCCACCUUCCGAGGCGGAGUCCUCGGGGGCGGGGCCAGGUGAUCUGGCUCGGUAACGCACCGGGCGCGGCUGGAGAAGGUGGGGUCCGCUGGGGCGGGGAGGGAGGGGCCGGGAGCCGCAGAGCCUCCGGCUUCGGCCCGGCCCCAGCUUCUCACCAGCUCCGCGGGUCCCGGUCCAGAAAUUAUUCCAAAGGAUUAAGGGCAGGAAGAUGAUUUAGUUGGCCUCCGUCUAACCUGUGCCCACUCUGAGCUCCCCCCUCAUCCAAACUCCCCUCCACCAAACUAACCAGAGCCUUGUCAGUGACCCACCUGCGUGCCCACUAAAGAGGGACGAGGGGAAGCUGACGUUGGGGGACUCAAGAGAGAGGCUGGCCUGGCCCAGAUGACAAACAGGAAGUACACAGGCAUCCACAGGAGACACACCUGGUGUUCAGAUGUGGAAGACUGAGGACUGUUGAAAGUACAGAGUUCAGCCCCUGCACCUUCUGCCCCCAAGAGCUCCAUGCAGGUGCAACAGGAUGGAGAGGACUUUGCCAGCCAGCCCUGGUACCACGGCCCCCUGUCCCGUCAGAAGGCUGAGGCCCUCCUGCAGCAAGAUGGGGACUUCUUGGUUCGAGCCUCCAGGUCCCAGGGGGGCCACCCAGUGAUCUCCUGCCGCUGGCAGGGCUCAGCACUACACUUCGAGGUGCUCCGUGUGGCCUUGCGUCCCCGGCCAGGCCGGCCCACAGCUCUCUUUCAGCUGGAGGAUGAACGUUUCCCAAGCCUGCCCUCCCUGGUUCGCAGCUAUGUGACUGGGCAGCGUCCACUGUCCCAGGCCACAGGGGCCGUGGCCUCCAGGCCUGUGAUACGGCAAGGACCCAUUCGACGCAGCUUUAGUGAGGACACCCUCCUAGGGAGCCCAGCUCGGAUAGAGUUGCCCAGGGCUAGGAAGCGGAGUGACAGUCAGCCUGCAGGUUUGGAUCACAUGGGGCGGUCAAGAGAAGACCAUCCUGGACCAGGAGACUCCGCUGUGCCCAUAUGUGCCCUCCCUCGGAUGGGUAGUGACCCCAUGUUGCUGAAGACCCCAGCUUCUCUGGGGUGUGUUAUUGACAGCCUCAGGGCCUCCGAUGGGCAGCUUCAUGCCAAGGCACCCACCAAACCACCUCGAACACCCUCACUGUUGCUGCAUGAUGCGUCUGGACGCCCCCCAACGUACUGUGAGCUGGUGCCCCGAGUGCCCAGUGCCCAGGGAACCCCCCCAGGCCACGGCAGCCCAGAGACAGAGGCCCCACCAUGGUGGGAAGCCAACAAAGAAGAGGAGGAAGAGAACAGAAGUUUUGCAAGACCAAAGGCCGAGGUCUCUUUCUGGCCCCCUAACAACCCCUUCUGCCUCCUGGGCCCCCAGAAUCGGCCCCUGGAACCCAAAGUCCUGAGUACUCUCCGUGACCUAUUCCUGGAGCACCAUCCUGGGAGCACGGCCCUGCACCUAUUAUUGGUAGACUGCCAGGCUACAGGCCUCCUAGGAGUGACCAAGGCUCAGCGGGGUGCCAUGGGGGUCGCCUCUGGCCUGGAGCUGCUCACACUUCCCCAUGGGCAUCGCUUGAGGUUGGAACUUCUGGAGAGACACGAGGCGCUGGCGCUGGCGGGGGCGCUGGCCGUGCUGGGCUGCGCGGGGCCGCUGGAGGAGCGCGCGGCCACCCUAAGGGGCCUGGUGGAACUGGCAUUGGCGCUGCGGCCAGGGGCGGCCGGGGACCUGCCUGGACUGGCCGCGGUCAUGGGCGCCCUGCUCAUGCCACAGGUGUCCCGGCUGGAACGCACGUGGCGCCAACUCAGAAGGAGCCACACCGAGGCUGCGCUGGCCUUCGAGCAGGAGCUGAAGCCGCUGAUGCGGGCACUGGAUGAGGGCGCCGGACCCUGCGAGCCGGGCGAGGUGGCGCUGCCGCACGUGGUCCCCGCUGUGCGCCUGCUGGAGGGCGAGGAGCUCCCGGGGCCGCUGGACGAGAGCUGCGAGCGGCUGCUGCGCACCCUGCACCGGGCGCGUCAGAUGGCCCGGGACGCGCCCAAGUUCCGUGAGGCAGCCGCCCGGCGCCUACGAGGAUUCCGGCCAAACCCGCAGCUGAGGGAGGCCCUGACCACAGGCUUCGUGCAGAGGCUCCUCUGGGGAAGCCGAGGCGUGGGGGCGCCGCAAGCCACACGUCUCGAGAAGUUCCAGCGCGUCCUCAGUGUCCUUUCGCAGCGCCUUGAGCCGGAUGUUUGAAAGCACAGAACCCCUUCUUCCUGGGACACCCAGGCUUUGGGGAACCCCGGCAGACACCAAGGAAGUUGCCCCAAGCUGUUCACAUAGCCAAUCGCAGUGGGAACCCACAUUCUGCCUCACAGAUUUGCAAAAACUCAUACUGUAUCCCUAGAAGUGUACGUGGAUCCUAGGGUGAGGGACAGCCUCCUCCCUCACGUUAGAAAAUCCAGGUGUCUGGAGGCCCUAUCCCACCUCCCACCCCCACACACCUAUCUGACAAAUGGGCAACAUGAGGCUUUUAAUGGCAAGAGAACUUGCAGAUCUCUUACUCAGAAGCCAGAGUUCAAAUGCUUUUUUAAGAGCUGUGUGACUUCUAGCAAAUGGCUCAACCUCUCUGUGCUUGCCUUCCACGUAAAAGGGAGGCCGUGUACUUUCUAGGGGUUUUCAUGGGGGAUUAAAGCUGUGUUCAGAUAUCAUGGGUGGAGAAUGCCUGGUACACAGCAGGUGCUAAACACUACCUUUUCUCAGUAAAGCUGUGGUAAACACAAAGGAUGUUUGGUGCUUUUCUUCCCAUACUGAAGUCACAGACAAGCACCCAACUCCACGGAAGUUUUGUCCAAGGUGUGCCCGAGUUUACCUCCCCUUCUUCAUUCUCUCCGUGGCCAGGAAGGAGGCUGGCAUUUGCAUAUCCAGCCCCAGUAUGUAAAUCUACCAAUAAAGCACA